UUUAAAGUGCUACGCUUACAUGAUGGCAUCGAAUAAAGAAAAUUCGCAACUAACAUCAGUGCAAGAUAUGAAGGAUAGUUUAAAAGUACCAUCACGUAAGUUGUGGAACAAAAAGAAUAUGAAAAUGGAUACUCUUGACGAAAAUUGGAUGAAAUAUAGAGAUGCUAAUAAGUGGGAUAUGAUUGCAUCUCCCCAGUUCGUUGAUUUUACUAAUGCAUCAGAUAGAGGAGACUCAUUUUUUAAUAAAUCGGGCCCAAUAGUGACCACUCCAAUUCCCGGUAUUAUAAAGGCAGCAGAACUAAAUGAAACUGACAAUACGUUGAUCGAAUCUUUUAGCAAAUUUGCUUUGUCUGAGUCUAGUGUCAACCGUGAGUCACCCAUGACAGCAUGUGAGACCAAGAAAGAUCGCCAGAAAAAUAUUUCGGAUAUAGUUAAAUCCCCGCAGGUCGUUGAGUUUAACAAUUCGUUAGACAGAGAACCAACAUUUGUUAGUAAAUCAGGCCCAACAGUGUCCACUCCACUUCCCAAUAUUAUAACGACAGAAAAACUAAAUGACACACUUGCUUUGUCUCCUGUAAAUCGUGAGUCAUCUGUGUCAGCAUAUGGGAACAAUAAGGACCGCCAGGAAAAUAUUAAAGAACAACACGAACCUCUGGAUAUGCAAGUGAAUCCUGAAGCCAAGCCUCAAAUAUGGGAUAAAAUAAAGAAAUCGCAAACUGCUGUGGUAUAUCCAUUUACUUUUGAUUUAAGGGACAAACAUAAGAAAGAGGUGAAACGACAAAUACUAAAAACGGUUCCAGAAAACGAGAAAGAUUUCAGGGUCUUUCGUGCGAACCCUCUUCCAAAAUAUUUGAAGUCUCGGAUCGCCAAUAAAGAAAACAAUGAUAAUAAUAAACAGGUGAUUAACAAUCGAACUGAGAAAAGUAAUAAGUCAGACAAAACGACUAAGAAAACAACUGAGCUUUGGAAGAAGCCGCCCUUUGUACCGUGCUCACCUAAGAAAAAUAUAGGAUGUCCGAAACCACCCGUUUUGCAUACGGCAGUUCGAGCGCUACAAAGAAAACAAUUCGAUAAAGGUCUCCAAGAAAGAGAACGACAAAGGGAACAAACUAGAGAAAUGGAAAAGGCCAUGAAAAUAAGGCAAGAGGAGGACGCUAUUGCGCGACUGCGAAAACAAACCGUUUUUAAAGCUCAACCGAUGCCCAAAUACAAAAUGACUUUACCAAAAGUCAAAAAACGACCAUUGACUGAUCCGGCGAGUCCAGUAACAUUGAAACGUCGUCGUAAGUUAAAUGACACAUAAUGCAUAUCUGAAAAAAAUUAGGCUAAUAGUAAUAACUAUAUCUUCAAUUAAUUUUACUUAUAAUUCCUUUAAUGUUUAAAUAUUU